CGGACACGCGGGUAUAUAGUGACGGCUGCGGCGACGCCUUCGUCAGUGUUAAGCCUGAGAGUCAGCUAGCAACACUAUGCGUCACCUGGUGGUCGCUGCACUGCUGGGCUGCCUCCUGCUGGGGGCCGCCCUUGCCGACCCGGGACCGAACCCCGGCUUCCUCUUCAAGGGCUGCUGCAGCAGCGGCUAUGGCGGCGGCGGUGGCUACGGUGGUGGCCACGGCGGCGGCUACGACAAAGGGUAUAAAUGUAAAGGAUAUGGCUGCGGCCACAGCCAUAGCAGCGGCUACGGCGGCGGUCACGGCGGAGGCGGCUACGGCAAGGGACAUAAAGGCAAGGGUCACAGCAGCGGCUACGGUGGCGGCCACGGUGGGGGCUAUGGCGGCGGCGGCGGCGGUGGCUACGGCAAGGGACAUAAAGGCAAGGGUCACAGCAGCGGCUACGGUGGCGGCCACGGUGGGGGCUACGGCGGCGGCGGCGGCUACGGCAAGGGCAAGGGGCUGGGGCUGUUCAAGUUCAAGUGCUGCAGCUUCGGCGGCUACGGAGGCGGCAGCGGAUACGGCGGCGGCGGCGGCGGCGGCUACCACUGAGCUCCUCCAGCCCAACCCCUUGCCCCCUUAGCUCCCUGCCCUGUUCCACCUCCUCUCCAGCUCGCCCCCCUCCCCAGCCCCGCCCCGCCUCAGAGAAAACGGAAGGAUUUACCCCAGACUAAAGAAGAGGUGCGAGGCCGCUGUUAAGUUUUCUGUACUCAUAAAUGUUUAUAAGUUU